AUGAAACUCUCUGUUGCUUUCGUCGCUGCCCUUGCCAGCUCGGUCCUAGCCAUAGGUAUACAGGCCCGGGUCCAUGGAAACUACCAGCACCUGUCACAGCCCUCAACCCAAGACAGCACGGUCUUGAGGGUACAGUGCAGAUCCAUUACGAGGGAUGCAGAGAACGCAAACCAGGUAGUAACUCGAGACAACUGGGCGGGUGCCAUGCUCUCCAAGAAGCUUUGUGCGGGUAACUUUGCCUCUGCCACGGGGCGUUUUACGAUUCCGAUACCCAAGCACACUGGCGCCUCGAACGAUACAGAAUGGGGGUCCGCAUGGGUGGGUAUUAGCGACUACACCUUUGAGUCUCAACUACAGGGUGGUGUGGACUGGACGGUUGAGAGAUCCGGCAAGGUAUCAUACACGGCAUGGUACGAGGGGUUCCGUUACGAGCCGUCUUAUCUGGACGAUUUCAACGUUACAGGCGGAGAUGAGAUCCAAGUGGAUAUAGCGACUACAUCGACUACCACGGGGAAUGUUCGAUUGAUCAACAUCAGCACUGGCAAUAAUAUCAGCAUGGAUGUGACAUCGCCUCCAGACACUUUCUUGACCAGCGACAAUGCAGAAUGGAUCAUGGAAUACUUUUCCGGUGGAGGGCGUUUGGCGCUGGCAGACUUUGGGAGGGUGGUGUUCACAAAUGCUAGUGCCAAGAUGAGCACUGGUCGGGUGGAGGAUCUGAGGGGUGCUACGAUUAUCAAGAUGGUGCUGGAUGACAAGCUAGUUGCUGAUAGUGUUAUCGAUAGCCUAUCGCAGAUUGCAAUCAAGUACGUCAAGUAA